UAUUCAGCAGGAGGAUGAAAAGAGAGGAGGAGAUAUAAUAAAGACUGUUCGCUUCCUCCUUAUAAAGACUUCAUGGAGGUGGGGCGUUUACAGUACACCUCUUCAGCUUCUUCAUACGCAUCCAGCAGUCCCUCAAUUUCUCAGAAAUACAGAGAUCAUGGUAGCCCACAAGGAGUUUCAGACUGCAGGAAAGAAGCCAGGCCUGCAGAUAUGGAGGGUGGAAAAGAUGGACCUGGUGCCGGUACCCAAGCAGCUUUAUGGAAACUUUUUCACUGGAGAUGCUUACAUUCUUCUCUUCACCACUCCUGCUCCAUCUUAUGCCAUCCACAUGUGGCUUGGGAGUGAGUGUUCCCAGGAUGAAAGCGGGGCUGCAGCAAUCUUUUCUACCCAAUUGGACGACUUCUUGGGUGGAAGUCCAGUUCAGUUCCGUGAGGUGCAGAACAAUGAGUCCCUCACCUUCCUUGGCUACUUUAAGUCCGGUGUUAAGUAUCAGCAAGGUGGCGUGGCCUCUGGCUUCCAACACGUGGUGACCAAUGACAUGGAUGUGAAGAGAUUACUCCACGUUAAAGGGCGGAGGGUGAUCCGUGCUACCGAGGUUCCACUGUCAUGGGACAGCUUCAACCGUGGAGACUGUUUCAUCAUCGAUCUGGGCAAGGACAUCUAUCAGUGGUGUGGCAGUGAUUGUAACCGAUUUGAACGUCUAAAAGCCUCUCAGGUGGCCAUCGACAUCCGGGAUAACGAGCGUAAUGGUCGUGCCAAGCUGCAUAUGGUCGAGGAGAACUCUGAGCCAGAGGCCAUUAUUGCUGUACUUGGACCCAAACCUGAUAUCCCAGCAGGAAGUGCUGAUGAUGAAGUUGUCGACAAAUCCAACAAGAAGGGCGCGCUUUACAUGGUCUCUGAUGCUGCAGGCUCUAUGAAAACCUCUCUGGUGGCUCAGAGCAGCCCAUUUAAACAACAAAUACUUUCUCCAAAUGAAUGCUACAUUCUUGACAAUGGAGCUGAUGGCAAAAUUUUCUUGUGGAAAGGUUCAAAAGCCAGUGAAGCUGAACGCAAGGCAGCCAUGAAAUCAGCGGAGCAGUUUAUCAAAGAGAAAAACUAUAAUAAAAACACCCAGAUCCAGGUGAUGCCUGCUGGUGGGGAGACCACAUUGUUCAAACAAUUCUUCAGUGAUUGGAAGGAUAAGGAUCAGACCACGGGUCCAGGAAAGGCCUACACUAUUGGGCGAAUUGCUAGUGUGGCACAGAUCCCCUUUGACGCAUCUAGCCUUCACUCCAACAGUGCCAUGGCUGCACAACACGGCAUGGUGGAUGAUGGCUCGGGCAAGGUGCAGGUCUGGCGUGUUGAAGGUGGGGAAAAGGUUCCUGUGGACCCUUCCACCUAUGGCCAGUUCUAUGGAGGAGACUGUUAUCUGAUCCUCUACAGCUACAAACACGGAGGCAGAGAACAGCAUAUCAUCUACACCUGGCAGGGGCUGAAGUGCACACAGGAUGAGUUGGCUGCUUCUGCCUUUUUAACAGUCAAAUUGGAUGACUCCAUGGGAGGAGCUCCGGUGCAGGUGCGUGUCACUCAAGGCCAGGAACCACCCCAUUUGAUGAGCCUGUUUAAGGGAAAACCAAUGAUCAUCUGUUUGGGAGGGACUUCACGAAAAGACGGGCAGACCUGUGCAGGAAGUACACGUCUCUUCCAAAUUCGUCAAAGCUCCACUCGUGCUACACGUGCUGUUGAGGUGGAGCCCUCUGCUGCAAAACUGAACACCAAUGAUGUGUUUGUGCUGAAGACUCCAAACUCCAUGUUUCUGUGGAGAGGAACCGGCGCUACGGAUGAGGAGCUGUCUUCUGCCAAAUAUGUCUGCAGCUUCCUGGGUGGCAGCGCUACUGAAGUGACUGAGGGAAAGGAACCAGCGGGAUUCUGGUCAGCACUUGGUGGAAAAAAGGACUACCAGACCUCCAGCAGUCUGCAGAAGACAGUUAAACCACCUCGCCUAUUCGGCUGCUCCAACAAAACUGGCCGACUCAUAGCAGAUGAAGUGCCAGGAGACUUCACUCAGGUUGAUUUGGCCACAGAUGAUGUGAUGCUUCUGGAUACUUGGCACCAGAUCUUUCUCUGGAUUGGUAAUGAUGCCAAUGAAGUGGAGAGGAGCGGAUCAGACAAAAUAGCUCAAGACUAUGUGAACUCUGACCCCUCUGGCCGUCGAGGCACACCCAUCAGCAUCAUAAAGCAGGGCUUUGAGCCACCCACAUUUACUGGCUGGUUCCAGGCCUGGGAUAUUCAAAUGUGGGAAAAAGACCCUUUGGAACGUAUCCGUGGCAAAUUCUAAACACACUCAUACACACACACUUUGCAUGGUUUCCACACAAGUAUACACACAAGUGCUGAUGGCUGCCAUAAAUCAAUAGAGAGCUUUAUAUUCACAGCAAAAACAGCAUUAUGCACUAGUCACCUAUAUGCAGUGUCAUGUCAUUUUUCAUUUCGUUUCUUUUUAAAAACAAUUUUUAAACAUGCACUUGAUAUAUAGUUUUUGUCUAAAUCAAUGCUAAAACUCAGUUUAAGACUAGAAUUAAAACAAUUUGGCAUGUACUAAAUAUUCUGGGCAUUAAAACAUUUUAAUUCAUAGUAACAUCUCAAAAUAAUUUUCUCAAAAUGCAGAUUAAUGUGAACAUGUUUUACAUAUUAUAAUAUGCUGGUUAAUAAUAAAAUGUGCCUCUUGCUA